GAUGACCAUCAAUCGUAUCUUAUCGUUUCUUUCCUAUCCUUCGUUUCCUCCGCCUUUCCGGUCACGAUUGCCAAAUCAAGGUAUAGGACCUAGAUAAUUUGAACUGCAUAGCCACAGCGAAGAUUAAUUCACGAUCUUGAUGUCAUACAUAAAUCAGGCGCAGGGUCGGAGGUGACUCUGGAAGUUUAGCUGAUACUUUUCAAUGAAGUUCAGUGAUUCAAGUAUCACUAUCAGGCAAGACAUCCGAUAAAGACCAAUUCUUAUACCACAACUUUGAGAAAGUUAUAAUAUGAGUAUUUAUUAUUUUAAUCAUGCUAAACAAUUAGCCAUCACAUCGGUUUGUUCUUUACCGAUCACUACUAUUCCAAUCAGUUUAAAAUCAAAACUUUCAAAUCAGAACGAUUUCAUUGAUGUGUUUCCGAUCUUGGAGCCUAAGAAUUGGAGUUCGAUCAAUUGUUUAAUUUUCUUCAGAAUAAACUCCACCAUCUCGAUUGAAACUUUGCCGACUCAUUCAAAUCUAAUAUCAACGUUUUCCAAUUUUAAUUCAACUUCAAAUCUAAAGUUUACAAAUCCAUCAAAAUCAACGUCGACUUAUUAUGCAUUAAAAUCACUUUAUCCUAUCUUAAACGCACCUAAUCCUUUUUCAGGUAAAGCUGUUUUAUUAGAUGGUAUCCCGAGCAAGCUUUCACCUCAACAUGUCAUCCAAUCUUUGUCUCAUUUUGGUCACUCAAUCAUUAAUCCUCAACCUUGUUACUCAUUUCCUUGGCCUGGUUCAAUAAAUCCCAUUCAAUCUAAAACUCCCUCAAUCACUCGUCAUCAAAUCAUUUAUUGUCAUUCGAACGCUCUUGCUCAUCAUCUUGCUGGUCAAUUACAUCGAUCUAGACCGUCUUGGUUACCUUCUUCAACUUCUCAUCAUCAUCAACAUCAUCAUCAAUUUUCGAAUCAAAUAAAACAAGGUGUAAUCGGAUGGGAAUUGAAAGCACGCGUGAUCUAUUGAUGAUCAAAAUGUAUGAUGAAGAUUUCUUCACAAACAAUUACUCAUCCAUCACAAUAGAAUCUAUGCAUUUUCGCAAGCAAAUCCCAACAAAUGAACAAAUUCAAAAUAAGAGCUAUCCGACUCUCGAUUCCGAAUCACAGAUCUCAGGAAACCAAUCUUGAACCGAAUUGAACAGAAACAGUGGUAUGAGAGACAAAACUUUGAACUACAGACCAAAAAGGAAAGAUUACAUUCAGUGAUUGAUCAAACUCCAAUCUUUUCAAUCUUUUACGAGAAUAAAGAUUGUGGAAUCCCAAUCAAAGGAUGUUUUGAAGAAUUGGAUUCCAAUUUCCUAAUUUUCAAUCAUCUGCUCAUUUAUCCAAUUCUCAACGGAGAACUAGGUAUAAACAAAUGAAUCAAAUUCUCAACGCAGAACUAGUUACAAGCAGAUGAAUCAACAACAUUUCAAAACCAGUCUCUCCCGAAGGGGGCUGCAAACCCCCCAGCAACCAUCAAAUUUGAAGCUUAUGCCUGAGUUGUAUUUGACCCUUGUAAGACUGAUCCUCUUGCAAUGAAAGAAUGACAGGAUAACUUG